GCUGAGAGAAACUGCAGCUUAUGUGAAUUUUUAAUCUUGGAUCUUUCACUCUUGUGCCUAAAAUGCUGUGAUGUGCUUGUUUAACAAUAUUUCCUUUUUAACUUUGCAGAAUAGUAAACCAGAUUCCCUGCUGAAAAUGGAGGAAGAGUGCAAAUUUGACAGAACACCGCUGUCAGGCAAUAAAGAAAGAUUCAGCUUUACUAUGUCUCACAAGAAAAUGCUGGGCUCCAAGACGCUGAAACCUCAGACUAACUCAAGUGUGUUUGGAUCAUUACAAAACCUUAAAGAGGACAAAACCAAGCCUGUGAGAGACGAGUAUGAGUACGUCUCAGAUGAGGGGGAGCUGAAGAUUGACGAAUUCCCCAUUAGGCGGAAAAAGAACACGGUCAAGAGAGAUCUGUCCUUUCUGUCAGACAUCAAAGAGCCCAUUCAGCCAGCCAAGAAACCAAAGUUCCAGCCCCUGGUGACCAAGAGUGUGGACUCCUCAGAUGAAGAGACUCUGCACAUAGACACAGAGACCAAGCCUGAAGCGAAGAGUCGCAACUCUAAGGUCAAGAAAAAGGGCGGCAGCGCUGCAGGGAUUCUUGACCUGCUGCAGGCGAGCAAGCAAGUGGGAGGCAUCGACUACAGCACCAACAGUCAGCCACCUGCAUCUCCCAGCACACAGGAGGCCAUUCAGGGCAUGCUGUCCAUGGCCAACCUGUCGUCUUCAGACAGCUUGCAGCAGCCGUGGAGCAACAGCCAGUCCAAGAGCAACUCUCACAGCACGCAGGCUGGCAAGAAGGCCAGCGGAGGAGCCGGCGGCGGGAACAAGCGGCCCACCAAACGGCUUCCGAAGAAACCCAGGAAAAGCAGCAGUAUUGAGAGUCUGGAUUACGAUGACGACCAGGACCACAUAGACGCGUGUUUCAAGGACUCCGAUUAUGUUUACCCCUCGUUGGAGUCCGAAGAGGAUAAUCCUGUUUUCAAAUCCAGGUCGAAAAAACGGAAAAGCAGUGACGACACUCCCUACAGCCCGACAGCCCGCGUAGGACCCUCCGUUCCUCGACAGGAGCGGCCGGCGAGAGAUGGAGCCCGAGUGGCCUCCAUAGAAACGGGACUGGCCGUAGCUGCAGCAAAGCUUUCCCAUCAGGAGGAGCAGCAGAAAACUAAGAAGAAGAAGAAAAGCACCAAAAAGAAGGCAAUAGUAACGGAGGAGCCUCCGAAAAUCUCUCAGGACAGUAGCUCGCCGGAGCACAACGUGGAAGAUGGCAGCCUGACGGACCUUGAGUUCAACACUGGAACAGUCAAGUCACCCGGAGGCCCACAGCCCAUGGCACCGGGGGUUUUUCUGAGCCAGAGGCGACCAUCAAUGUCUUCUCCCAACAACAGCAGCAACUCCACCAGCACCAACAGCAGCAGCAUGGCCAAGGUGGAGCGUGUGGUGUCAGCAGAUGCCAAGGGUGAGUCCUCAUGA